AUGGCGGUCUGGAACUCGGGCACCCAUCUCCUCCUACGUCUUUGGGGGAUGUAUGUGUCUCCAAGAAGCCCUGGAUGGGUGGACGUCCUCCAACAUCUGGGAAUUUGCUCUUUUGUUGCUUUCAGUUCGGUGGGCCUCCUCUCGGUGGCCUUCUCCUGGUUCCUGUCCUCGUUCCUAGUCUUCACCAUCUCCUGGGCGAUUGCCUGGGUUCUGCUGUGCUGCUCCAAGCACGGGAGGUGUUUUGUGGCCCUCUUCUUCCUCUCCUGUGGCCUGCGUGAAGGCAGGAACGCCCUGAUUGCCGCCGGCACGGGGAUCGUCAUCUUUGGACACGUGGGAAAUAUCUUCCACAACUUUAGAGGGCUCCUGGACAGCAUGACUUGCAACAUAAGGGCCAAGAGCUUUUCCGUUCACCUGCCACUUUUGCAGAGGUACAUUGAAGCCAUCCAAUGGAUUUACGGCCUUGCCACUCACCUGGAUCUAUUUGAUGGCCUCGUGUCUUGGAACCAGACUCUGGCAGUCUCUCUUUUCAGUCCCAGCCAAGCCCUGGAGGCACAGCUAAAUGACACCAAAGGCCAAGUGGUGGGGGUCUUGUACCAGAUGGUGACGGCGGCCGAGGUGUUGUCCUCCCUGGGACGGCAGCUACUGGCCCUCGCCGGGCUCUUGCUGGUGCUUCUCGGCACGGGCCUCUUCAUGAAGCGGUUUCUGGACCCCUGUGGCCGGAAGUUUGAAAACGUCUACAUCACCAGACAAUUUGUUCGGUUCGAUGAGGGGGAGAGGCAUCAACAGAGGCCCUGCGUCCUCCCACUGAGUAAGAAGGAAAGGAAGAAAUUCAUUUCUGGCUUCCGGUCCUGA